GGCGAAUUUACUUUACGGAAAGACUGUAUAACGUCAAAACAUGGAGCAUUAUACCAAAACCCAGCCACAGCAUCGGCGAGUCGCUACUGAGUAUGCAUAAACCUAUUAAUGCUCCUAAUCGCUGGUAGUUUUUGCGCCAUUCAGUGGCAAUGACUGCAUGUAUGAUUUAUUGGAACGAGCAUACAAAAAUAAGUUCCCAGUUCCGCCACAAUGUUUAACAGAAGAGUACAGCUUCGAAACACGUAAACAAGAAACAGUCCUCACUGGGUCAACUAACUUCAAAGACAGUUAUGGGAGCAUUGUGUGGCAAGACAAGCUGUGGAAAACCUUGUUUAAUAUUAAGCAUGUUAAAAACAAGCGUCGUAAGCCCAAUGAAGAAUAUAAAGAUACUAAUAUCGAGCUCGACUAUGGCUGGAAAACGGAUGGGUACAUGGUCGCAGUCUUGUUUAAAAGAAAAACUGUUGGUAAAUAG